AUAACCUGUGUGCCAAAAAAGCAGUCGUGUCUGGCCUCACCCUGCAUUCCAGCAUUGCUCGCCUUGUUGAUGGCCAUGUGGUCCUAAAUGACAAAGGAGUGGAAGAUGGAGCUGUAGAGGAAAUUGUCUUUAAGCGCGCUCUGGCCGUCCUCAUGUGUGCCACCUACAGAAACCAGCUGCUGAACGUGUUUGUGCGUCCAUCUCUGGUGGCAGUUGCCUUGCAGAUGACACGCAGCUUCAGAAAAGAGGAAGUCUAUAGCUGCUUCAGUUUCUUGAGAGAUGUUUUUUCUGAUGAGUUCAUCUUCUUUCCUGGCAUUUCAUUGAAGGAUUUUGAGGAAGGAUGUUUUCUACUCACAAAAUGUGAUGCCAUUCAAACAAGUCAACAGGAAAUCUACCCUACCGACAAAGGAAGUGUUAUAGCAUCUUUCUUGUCAGCCAUGUUCAGACCUUUUGUGGAAGGUUAUCAGUUAAUUUUCAGGUACCUCUCAAAGGAAACAAAAGAAGCCUUUACCGAGAAGCAGUUUAUACCUGGAGUCCGCAACUUUGUUUUUCAACUUCUUGAGAAGGGGAAUACGCAGUGUUAUGAAGCGCUGUCUUCUGACAUGCAGAAAAAUGCCUUAUCAGCUCUUGUGCAACUAGGUGCAGUGAAGAAGAAGAAAAUGUCCAAUGGAUUCACUUACAAUGUAAAUCAAGAGGCUGUUAAUAAAAUCCUGGACAUGUUUGACGCUAGGAUACCUGUACAGAAACCUGUGGCUGCCCGACUCUGA